AUGCAAGGCAGUUCCGUUGCGAUAACGAACGUCCGAUAUGCUCCAACUGCAAGACAUACGCGCAAGAAUGCGCCUACAUAUCAGGACCCGACAGGCCCAGCUCGGCUAUCCCAACUCGAAGCCGAGAAUGAACAGCUUCGACGGCACCUUAGGCGCAUGGAUGCUCGCUCGGAAGACAGACGAGAUGUCACCGGAGGCAGUCCCUCUCAGCCACGGCAGCAGAUGCAACAUGCGUCGGAGAUUCCGAGUACAGAAGCAAGUGCCGAUCGAUGUCAGUCAGCUGUAUCGCGGAUAUUCAUUUCACCAAAUGGGGACUCAAGUUAUCAUGGACUCACGAGCACAUUGUUCAACGAUGCAUCAACUGAUCAGCACGGCCACCCUCGGUCUAUAGAUCCGCAGAUACCGGUAGAGCACAUUCGAAAACAGUUGAUCGGAGAAGCUGCUUACCAACGGCAAUUGGAAACAUUGAACUUGCGACAAGGGAAACUGGACUUCGACGGAGUCGAUCCCGAGCUUGGAAUGCACCUCCUAUCUCUACAUUGGAAUCGCCAGCAUCAUUCCUUCUUGAUUACCUAUCGCCCAUCGUUUAUGCGGGAUAUGGCGACGGGUGGUCCCUAUUUCUCAAAGCUCCUGCUAAACGCAAUUUACUUCGGCGCGUCAAAAUUCAGCAACCGUCCAGAAGUCCGUCGAGAUCCCGAUGAUGUUCGCACUGCUGGAUGGACAUUCCGCCAGCGAGUUAAAGAACUGCUCGGUAGUGCUUUAGAUCGAAGUGAGAUCACCACGAUUCAGGCCCUGUUGGUAAUGACUAGUUCUUUAUUUGCAUUGGGAGAUGAACGCAGCGCUGCGUGGCUCUAUGCCGGUACGGCAUUUAGAAUGAUCAUCGAUCUCGGCAUGCACGUUGAUGCUACUAUGCUGAGAAACAUGCGGCGCCUCUCGGACGAAGAUAUUGAAAUCCGUCGUCGAGUGUUCUGGGGUGCCUUUGUCGUGGAUAAGAUUCAAUCUCUUUACCAGGGUCGUCCUGCAAGCCUACAAGAGUUUGACACGAAAGUCUCCCUGACACUCUUGGACCACUACGAAGAACUUGAACACUGGCAACCCUUCGCGUAUACGGAUGUACAAUCAUACCCAGGCUCACCCGCAUACAGUGUCUCGACCUUUACCGAACUGUGCAAGCUAUCGUUGAUUUUGAACUGUAUUCUGAACAAGGUCUACUCUGAGCGAAGCUCGAACCGGUCAUCCCAGGAGUUGGUCACCACACUGGAGGCUUUGGAUGCACAACUCGAGGCAUGGCAUGAAGAGCUGCCAACGCAUCUACGGUUCGGCCCUUCGUCAACACAAAUCACGCCACCACCUCAUGUUCUUUCUCUAUUGGCACUUUACAAUGUGCUGCUCAUCCUUCUCCACCGACCAUUCGUGGCGGAAGGGCAUCUCCACACUACCGAUCCGUCCGUCGCCAUUAGCUCGUUCACUACUUGCACGGCAGCAGCAGCUCGCAUAAUCCACAUCCUACAAGCUUACGACCACGCAUUCUCCAUCAGACGCGCCCCCUAUCUGAUUUCCUAUGCGACAUAUGUUGCCGCAACGAUUUACGUUCGAGUUGCUGCCCAAAUGGAAGCAAGCAGUCGAGCGCAUUCAAAUCUUUGGACAUGUCUUGACAUUUUCCAAAAGAACCAAGCGACCAACUGGGCUGUCCGCCGGGCAAAGAAUGUAAUCGUGCAUCUAAUGGAUCGCAUGGGAGUUGAUCUGAAUAUCCGGCAUAGGGAAUAUGAGGAGGCUCGAUCGGAUGAUGAUACCAGCGAGCAAGGACGGGCUUUAGAAAAAGAGGUUUGCGCCGGUAACGAGGGUGUCAGGCCGACUCCUUUGCCUACUCGGAUGACACCACCGGAGACAGAGGUAUCGGAGUUGGAUAUGGACAUGAUUAUUCAGAGCUUUAUUCGACAGCAAACGAGGACAAAUGACGAGCAGAUGUUCGAUGAGCCAAGUUACAAUGCUUUGUCUGGUUCUGCAGUUCCUCUGGCGACGCCUAGUGUCCUUGCACCCUCCGUUCUUCCAGGGUACAAUGAUGCGUGUUUUGAUGCGCAGUUUGAUGAUGAUAUGUUAUUUGGCUUUAAUGGAUCUGUGCAGGAUAGUAUGCUGUAUUUAUAG